CCUAAGGCGCAGUUCCUUCGGUAUGGGUGCAAGCAUGCGAGCGUAGUGAAGUUGUAGAGGUUGCAAAGACUGCCAUGUUAGAAGUUUUAUUUCAAGUGCUCUUAUGCACUCUUAUGAACAGAGAACAUCAAAGUUUAGUGUAAUGGAUACUAAUUUGAAAUCAAAAGCUGAUGAUAAUUUAGUAAGCGAAAGAUCCCUGCGGCGAUGCACGUGCGGUAGUCCUCGAUACGACUUUCAUCAGAAUGUUUCGAAGUCCAUGAACAUGGUAUCUACGACUCCUCGGAUUUAGAGAUUUAUAAAGUUUGUUUCUGACUUGAACCCACCACGUUUCACAAUGAAUUUGAUAAAAGACUUCAAUUCAAGAUCCGGUCAUCCAGUGUCCAGAAAUAAGUUGCACCUUCAAAUCUCGUUGCAUAAAUGUUUGGUUUUACUAUGUAUCAACUUCGUCCGAACCUCGGCGGAGGAUGGACAUCCUGAGGUACAGCACCCUGAUCAGGAGGUGAAAAUUGGGAACUACUCUCUCCAAGACACAUUUCUCCAAGAAAAAAAACUGACACCUGACGAGUUCCAAAAAAUUCUUUCUGAUCAUAAAAUCAUCCCAGAUUGCAUUGAUACGUCUCCAAACCAAACAGUCCAGAUUCAAUUCUUUUAUGGAUACAUUGUAAAAUUAGGAAAUCUGAUUCCACCAGAAAACAUAACGGACCAUUCGCCGCAUUUCGUAAAAUGGCCGGGGACGUUCAAAGACUUUUUCACUUUGAUAAUGGUAGAUCUAGACGAGCCCUCUCGAUCAGAUCCUGAUAAGCGUGAAUGGCUUCACUGGAUGAUAGUCAACAUUCCAGGAUGGACGAGGUACUUAGGUGAACUCAAAUGUAGAUACGUCCCUCCUCAACCAAAAGCAGAAAGUGGGAUACACAGAUACGUGUUUAUUGUAUACAAGCAACCGGAGAAGCUAAAUUUUACUGGUUUGAAGCUGAUUAAUGAGACAAAGCACAGUGACCUCAGGAGAGGACACUUUUCAAAUCGCCAGUUUUCAAAGGAGUACGGACUAGGUGAUCCUUGGGCUAUUAAUUUCUUUCAAGCCAAAGAGUACGUUCCACCCAAAGAUGGAAAGGCUCAAGAAGCGGGUAGGCAAUUACCCUUCACAAUUGCCGUAGCGGGCCCUGGAAGAGGUCCUUAUGCCAGAAUUUGGGGUUCGAGUUUGGCCCCUUUCUAAUAAUUCACUACAAACCCGCUAGUUUCAUGCUUAGGCCGCCUGUAUGUAUGUUGUAACUGCUGACUAUAUACCUCGACACUGAAAAAAAAUCUUAAAUUUUCCGCCAAGGUAUUUUUUUCCUGGAAUCAAGAAUGAUGAUGCUUAAUUAUUUCAGCCACUGUUUUAUUAAACCAAGCACGUUUUGUCUUAUUCAUGGAAGAAUUCAGCUUGAAUAAGUAGGGGGAAAAAAAUCUUAGCUGCAAUCUCAAGAAUCAUCAUGCUCAGGAGCCAAGCACUCUUUUUUCAGUGGAUUCGUAAUUGUGGCUUACUGCUCAUUAUGCGUAAAGUAUGUUAAAUCAUCAAAAGAGGGUUAAAAUUGGAUGCACAUAUACGAGAGAUAAGUCCAUCUGUGAAAAAACUCAAUUUCUGUUUAUUUACUGUGUUUUAAUUUAAUUAAUACGGCAUUAUCGUGUGUAUUUUAAUUACUUACUAAUAGAUGCUACAUUGUUCAGAAAGUGGUAAAUUGAUGGCUGAUAGUACUUAUGGAUUUUAUCUGUUUAGUAAUUUCAUCCUUUAUAUAAAAUGUUCAUGUACAAUAAAUAUAAUCCGAGUACUUUAUGAAUUUAGAGGCCUCACGCAUCAAUUUUCAUUUUAGUAUAUGCUAGCAUUAGAGAGAAUAAAAGAUUAACUUCACCAUUUUUAAAUGUUGGGCCUAAUAUUUGAAGUCGAACAUUUUGAGGCAGGAUGACUUUCAUCGAGAUCUGAAAAGCCCUAUUAUGAGUCUAAACUUUGCUCCAAACCGAAAACAGAAAGUCAAAGGUGAGACAUACUGAAGACUCGCCGACCCUUGCUGCUCGCAUUAAGACACGGCGAGACCUUUUAAUAAAACUUUUGUCAUCUGUUUUUGUUGGAUGUGCAGUUUAUACCCACGUGAAAAUGUAUCCAAAGAUUUCACACGUACACGGGAAUUUUCUUGAUAUAGGUAUUCAUGAUUAAUUAUAUAUGGGUUUGUGUUGGUAGCCGAGUGCUAGGAAUAAUGCAAAAAAAUGUUUUCAAAAAAAACACUUACAUUUUAUUAAUAAAGUACCGAAGCUUUUCGAGGCGGACGCCUCAUCGUCAGGGUAACAACAAAAUUAAUAUCACAAAGGCCGUUGCCAUACUUUAAAAUUUCAAAACUAGGUAACAAGUGAUAACAAGUAAUUAGAUCAGUCUUACUAAUCAAAACAAAGUCAAGUAUUAUCAAGUUAGUAUCUGUUUCUCAUCAUAGAUGGCAGCACAUUUUAGGUACAGGGGAUUAGUUGCCAGGUCUACUUCUUUUUGUACAUUUAAUAAUUCUUCCCCUCUUUUUACUGCCUUAGUUAUUUCAUAUUUCUCUAGGAUGCUAAGCAUUUUACUGUCCCUGUUUUUGUGUAGAAUUUUAAUUUCUUUUAUCUGAUGUUUUUCUGUUUUGAUGUGUUUAAAUACAUUCGAGGAUGGAAGAGUCAAGUGUUCAUUAACUCUACAGUUGAUUGAGCGCUCAGUUUUUCCAAUAUAUAUUUUCUUGCAUGAAUUACAAUCUAAACGGUAAACGCCAGUUAUUUUCUUACUAUUA